AAAACUGGAUUCGAAAGAAGCUGCAAGUGUGGGGAACUUGGGGGUUAUCUUGUUUGUGCAAUUGCAUUCAGAUUAAUUUGAUUCAGCGAUUCACCAACAAAAUCGUAGUUGCAGAGAUUUGCGAAAUCGAAAACUUUUCAUCAAAUCAUCAAUGUUCUCUCACACGCAUUUUCUCUCUUCGCGCCCUUUCACCUUCAACAAAUUUCCAAAGACCGCCACUUCACGCGCUCCGUUCUCCGUUCGUGUCGGAACCGCAACUCCGUCGACGCCGGUUGCCGCCGACACAGUCCCGCCGCCGGUAAUGUCGGAACAGCUUGCACCCAAUUCGCCGCCACCUUCGCAGUCGCUGGUCGCGGCUGCUCCGCCCAUUGCGGUGGCCAAAAAUCUAGGGCUCCGGCCCACCCCUGAAUUGGGUCUUCUCUCUCACUUGUUUGUUCUCUCCAUGGCUUUUGGUGCAUUUUUCUCUGUAGCUGUGGUUUCUAUUCCAACCUUAAUCGCUUUUGGUAGAUUAGGAGCUUCAGCGAAUAAAUUGUCAAAGGUUGUUUCACAAGAGGUACCUGGAACUUUAUUUUCUCUGAAACUUUCUAGCAUGGAACUGAACGAAUUGACCCAACAAUUUGGUAGUCUGAGGCAUAAAAUUUCUGGCAUUCCCACAGGAAUGAAGGAUGGGGGCACUUCCAGAUCAAGAUCCUUUCGUAAGAAGAACUCAGCAUCCUAACAUUGCCAACAUUGCUUAGGUGAGUAAGCUUGUUUCUGGAAUUAAGCUUGCUUGGUUUGGCUGAGUGGGAAUUACUUUUCUUGAUUCAUGGUAAUUGAACUUGGUACAUUAAGAUUUACCUCAUUCACGUACACUGCACGACUAACUGGGCUAAACCCUAUUGGUACCCAAUGGAAAUUACCGAAUAGAUGUAAGGCAUUUUCAGUCAUAUGGUUUCUGUUGAAAAUUGAAAUUACAAGUUGUAUAUUGAAUUAUGAUCACAAGGAACUGGUUGGGCUUUAAAAUUUGAAGCUGAUGUUGCAAUGAGAAUUUCUAUCCUGAGGCCUUAAAAAGUUUUCUGCUA